UGUGUGCAGGAUGAAGGACCAUCAUCAGGUAGCGAGUCCAGUCAGUCUUACCAACCAGACAGUGAUACAAGCUCAUCUACUGAGGACAGUGCAGGGAGUGAAGAUGAUAUUGACAGUGAAGUUGAUGGAGAUGACAAAAGAGUCAAGACGAAUGGUGGCAAUGGAAAGAAAAAAAGAGCUAAAGCAAAAAAAGAAAAAAAAGUCUCGACAAAAAAGAUUAAGAAGGAGACAACUCGAGGAUUAAAGAAGUGUCCUCUACCUUUAUGUGGUGCCAGCGUGAUUCACCUCCCACGCCAUCUUCAAAACGUGCAUGGUUGGUCUCAAGAACAUUCUAGAACCGCUGUUACGCGCUUUGGAAUGAGAAAGAGUUACACCUUCUCAGACUCUGCAAAAGUUCCUCAGAAGAAAGCAAAAAAAUCGACAGAUGAGAAAGAGGAGAACACCAAUGACAAGAAGAGAAAAGACUAUCAUAAACACCGCUACUGUCCAGUCGAUGGAUGCACUUCCCUAGUAAAGAGAAUCCCUGCGCACUUAAGGAAUGUACAUAAGCUGGAUCCCAACGCUAAGGAGUACAAAGAUCUGUUAUCAAGAGUACGAGGCCCAAUCAAGGAAUCACAAAUGAGACCAUAUCAUAAACGACCUCGAGCUACUAAAGGAGACGAAGCAAGCGUGUCUCUAACAUCUGAGUCAUCGUUCCAUGAAGUGGUGACCAUUGAAGACGAGGAACAAGACCAGCAAGAUGAAAGUGAUAUUGGCGAAGCAAGCCACAUUGAAUCUUCAGAUAUCGAUCCACCUGAAUUUACUGUUCAGUUUAAAGCUUGGCUGAACUCUGCGGACGGAGGGAACCUGGACGACAAGACAAGCGAGCAACAUGGAAAGCAAAUUUCUAAGCUCUUGAAAGUGAUCGAUAGCAAACAAGAGAUGGCAUCGCUUUUCAACUCCAAUAUCAUCAAUGACAAAUUUCUGGAAGGAUUUGCAAAACAUCAGUACCACCCCAAAACCACUAAAUCCUAUUUGAUGAGUCUCCGCCAUUUCUACUCCUUUGCUUUGAGCAACGACUGUGGCGUGAACAUAUCUAAGGAACAGAUACUUUCUGUAAAAGAGAAAGUAACCAGGUGGUCCUCAUCUUUUCGAAAAGGCUGCUCAAAACGUCAUUGGGAAAAAAUGGAAGAAGACUUGAACGCUUUAAUUACUCCCAAGCAAAUAACCGAAUUCGAACGAAGCCAAGCUGCAAGAAAUGCCAUUUGUCUCUUCGGGCAGCUAUCGGGAGCUCACUGCUUGGAAAUGACGCAAGCCAAUUACACCCUUGCCAGAGACUUUUUGUUAGUUCAGAUUUCAAUUGAUAACGCCAACAGGGCUGGAGUCCUAGCAAACAUGAAAAUGGGAGAACUGAACAGUGCCGUGAAACAUGGUGAUGAAUACGUUGUUCAUGUAAGUGAUCAGAAGACUUUCGCCACACACGGUCCAGCAAGAGUAGUACUAAGCCCGAAAUUGUACAGUUGGAUGGCCAUUUUUGUGAGGGAGGCACGAUCGAAGGUUUCCAGCUCAAGUCGUAACCCUACCUCAAACGUCUUUUUGACGUGGAAUGGCGAACCGAUGGUAUCGAGUCAAAUAAACAAAGCGAUCAAAUCAGUCUGGAAGAAGGCUCAAGUGGAUGGCAACCCUAGCUCAACUCUCCUCAGAAAGUCGGCCGUUUCUCAAGUACACACAGCAAGCGACAGUAAUGAAGCCAGGGGGAAUCUCGCAGACCUGAUGGCCCACAAUCUGCAGACGGCAAACAAAUAUUACCGUCUACAGGAAAAGAACAAUUCCUCAGUUCAGGCCUCCAAGCAGCUACGCAACAUAAUGCGUAAACAGUCAGACCAUCCAGACCAAACAGCCAAACCAAACAGCAUUUCUGUCAGCCUAAAAAGCCCAUCUGCUUCAGAGGCUGUUGUCCCCAAAACUUCCAGAAGUUCAUGGAAAGAGGACAAGGAAGCUCUGAUCAAAGCAGUUUUCAAGGAUGAAAUUGAGCACGAAGCUAUUACUUUAGCAACGGUGAAAGCAAAAAUUUCUGACCAUCCGCAGCUAGGAGGAGAAAACCCAAAACGAGUCUUGGACAAAGUUCGUGCUCAAUGGCGUUUCAGUAAGUCCUCCUCUCCAGAGCCUCAAUGCCUUCCAUCUGAAGUGGAAACACUGGAGCAACGUGUUGAAAGGGCGUUUCAAGCAGAGAGCGAGACCUCAAGUGAAAUCAUACCUCCAACCAGUGUGUCAAGUAGCUUGUUAGAAAACUGA